UUGAAAACAGUCUCUAGAAAAUGCUUCGGCUCUUAGGGUUAUCGUUUGGUAAGAGCCUCCUCUUUACCCUAAUUAUACAAGGAACACUUUUGAUUGGGAUCCAGGGAGCUGAAAAGGAAACUCUGUACUCAAAAUAUGAUAAUGUUCAUAUGGUAACCGGCACCACUUUACAGGGAACUUUAACCGACCCCGCUCUCGGAAAGUUGGUGCAAUUUAUGAACAUUUUCUGCGGACACUGCCGGAGAUUCGCACCCACCUUUAAGAAAAUGGCAGUAGGACUGCAAAAGUGGAACCGAAUUCUCCGGAUAUAUGCCGUGGACUGUGCCGAAGAGGUAAAUGUGAGGCUAUGUCGUGAUUUUGCCAUUAAAUCGACGCCCACUCUGCGCUACUAUCCUUCCAAAUUUCUAAAGUCACAAAUGGGUCUCGGUACCAAUAUUGGCACUACUGAUCCUGAGAAAAUCGUGAAAUUACUUACAGGCUAUCUGGCUAAAAAUGACUACAGUGGAACGAAGGAACUGAAGCCCAUCUUCGAGCCGAUUCAGUCGACUGAGAAUGUUUCCACCAUCUUCGAUCGAUUCGGCCACAAUCUGCCAUAUAUUUUGCUUGUUCUUCAGCCACAGAACUCUUGGAUAGGAAUUCAAACGAUUCUCGACCUGCUUCCUUAUCCACAUGUGGGUGUUCGGAUACUGAAUGAUGCGCAGCUCUUCACUAAUUUCGGACUGCAGCCAAGUGACCAAAAAGUAGCCCUCUUAGAUGGAACUGGUAAAGUAGAGCCACUUACGCCUGACAAUGAAAGUAGCUCUGCCUAUGUGGCCAGUGUUGUAGAAUUUCUGGGGCAAAAAGGGAUUACCAGUAUUCCCCGAUUGGCGACCACAACAAGUCCAAAAGAGGUCUUGCCAAUGGGGCUCGAUGCUGUUAUACUGAAAAAAAUGCUGGUCUCUCCACCCACAGUUUACCAAGCGGACUUGGAACAGGCUAUUGACCAACUUAUCCACAUUGAAAUACCCAAGACGCCACUUAUAAAAGGCGAUAGCUUAAUGGCUCUUCGACUGCUUAUUAAGUUGUUUCAGCGUUUUAAUCCUUUAAACAAAGACGGAAGGAAAUUAAUCGACCGCCUCGUAAACCACCUCUUUUUGGUUAAUGAAAUCACAGGAGAAGAGUUCCUAACCGCAGUAAACAAAAUUGAAAAAAGUCCGGGAAGGAUAUUCAAGGGCAAGCGAUACGUUGGCUGUAUUGGUUCAAAACCAUUUACGCGAGGUAUUACCUGCUCGUUUUGGACCCUGUUCCAUUACCUUACCGUAAUGUCGGCGAACAGCCCCGGUGCUUUUCCUCCAGGCACCGUAAUAAAAAGCCUAUAUGGUUUUGCCAAGUUCUUUUUCGGCUGUACGGAUUGCUCUCAGCACUUUCAAAAGAUGGCCAAAAGGCGAAAAAUAGGAUCCGUCAAGAGACAUGACAAGGAGGUCCUUUGGCUGUGGGAAGCCCAUAACGAAGUGAAUAAGCGAUUGUCAGGGGAUCCCACAGAAGAUCCCAAGUUCCUCAAAGUGCAGUUCCCGCUGAAGAAACACUGCUCGGCCUGCUAUAAAUCGAAAAGAUGGAACUCAGCUCAGGUUCUAAAAUACCUAAAACGCAUUUACAAUCUCAAAAGAGUUAGCUUCUACGGAUUGCCCACCUUUAAUCGUUCUUAGAAACUGACAAACCUAGUAUAGCGUUUAUCAGCAUGUGAAUAAAAGUCAAGUUAAUGCCAUUCAAGUUUUUAUUUUAU